AAUACGCACGCAUAGACUUAGCUCUGGAAAUCUUGCUACCUGUGAGGAUGAUCAUGAACCUUGAUAAUCGAUGGAUCUCCAUUCUGGUUAUUGUAGCGACAGCGCUGACGGUGAAUGCAGUUCCAGAAAUACCUGACACGUGCGGAAGUCCGAGGCUAACAUACGUAACCUGGGCGGACUUGCGGAAUUACAUCAACAAAUAUCAUAAAAUGAGCAUUCCAGGGACUUUUGAAGGACCACCACUUCCAGUAAAUCGCUGCCACAACAGCCUUACGCCCUGCGAUACCAGCCGUUCCUUCUGCGGCGUCUACAAACAGAAACCGACCAAUAAAACGCUUUCACUAACAUCCGACGAAGGCGCCUAUGACCUCAUUGUUGAAUACGUCGAGGACACUGUGUGCCAAUGCAUGGAUAAAGUCAAAUAUGGAAGAAGAACUCAUUCAAUCGGUUCCGUCCCUUUUGUAACGAAAGCCUACUAUGCUUCCUAACUGGAUACGAAUCACGUUUAAGAUAUGGGUACUUCACUUCCAAAUCAUCCAUCCGCAGUUCCACCAGUGAAAAAAAAAAAUUAAAGAAAUAAACAAAUGCAAUAAAUAGAUAAAUGAAAUAAAUAAUAAAGAAGAGGCAUUUAAAAUAUAUUUCUUCAAUUGAAAUUCUCGUAGCGCUAUCAAUGGAUACAAAUGCAGUUUAUGACUAACACCUUCAAUGUCAAUGUAAACAGAUAAAAAUCUAGUUUAACACAGAUAUCUUCAAUGUCAAGGUCACACUGACAGUAGUUUAGUCAGUGAUAAAAGUGCAACUUAAGAUGGAUACCCUAUGCUUCAAAACCCCUUUUCCUUCGUUCUAUAAAGGAUACGAAUCAAAAUAAAAAAGAUCGAUUCCAACCUUGUUCUUGUACGGUUAUCGUGUUCAAUUACAUGUAUCAAAUCUUCAUUUCGGCAAGAAACCGCCAUAUUCGUAAACGUGAAGACAAAAAUGGUACUUCUUGAUUUUCUAUGCACAACAAAACUGUCCUAGGAAUUUGACCAAAGAAUUAAACUUAGCUUAUACUUAAAAUUACAAUUAUGUGAAUCAGAAUGAAUGAAUUUGAAUUAUCUAGUCACCUUAACUGUACAUUAUAGUCUCUGAAAUAUAGUAUUACUUACUUUCUAUAUUUUGGUGUUUUUAUGGCCCCCUUUUAUUAGACACACACACACACACACACACACACACACA